AUGUCGACAAAUCCGUCGCCCUCUGUCGUUCGUUCGCAGCGAAACAACGUACGGCGGCCGACCUCUAAUCAUGAGAUCGAGCUUGACGCCUACCAAGAUGACGAAAGCAGAAUGCUGCGCCCAGACCAGGCAAAGACUGGUCGACCUGAUAAUCUCGACCUUGGUAGCCACGGGAAGUUGAAGCUCGUAAGGCCAAGGGAUCAUCUCGGAUAUUUUUCCACCAGUGCGCUGAUCUUGAACAAAAUGGUUGGAACCGGAGUAUUCGUUGCGCCGCCAACAGUACUGGCAAUUACUGGUAGUAAAGGCAUCAGUCUUAUUUUAUGGCUUCUAGGCGGCGUAGUAAGCUGGGCAGGACUUGCAGUUUACUUGGAAUACGGUAUCAGGUUUCCACUUAGCGGAGGAGAGCUCCAUUAUAUCGACUUUGUUUGGACGAAACCAAAGCUCCUAAUGACUUACACGUAUUCCAUCUUCUAUAUCAUCCUCAGUGGAAGCCAAGCGAACAGUCUGGUUUUCGGCCAAUCUGUUCUCCUGGCCAGCACUGUCGAGGGCACCGUUCUGGAUCCACGCCUGCAGAAAUUAUUCGCUAUAUUGCUCAUUGCAGCCGUCUGCCUACUCCAGGCUUUCUCCCGGAUCAACUAUGUGCGCUUCGCCAACGCCUUUGCCGUCUAUAAGAUUACCUUUCUCUCCAUCGUAUCGAUUCUUGGACUGUGUGCUCUCCGGAACGAACGCACGCCUGUUGCAGCAGUGCUGGAUGAUCCCUAUGGGGUCAAGAAUCUGAGCGAUGCUUUCGCUGGAACGACGCUCAAACUGUACCCGGUCUCGAUUGCCAUGCUGGACAUUUUCAGAGUAUACAGCGGCUAUGAGAACGCAAAUUUUAUCUUGGAGGAAGUUCGGAGGCCGCCUGGAGACGAAACGAGAGUAUUUCGUCGAGGAGCCAAGUUCACCAUUUUGAUAGUCUGGUUUUUCUACAUUAUGGUGAACGUUUCGCUGUUCGCGGCUUGCUCCACAGAAGAGCUGAUCAACUCAUCGGACGUUCUUUCCUUAUUCUUCUCGAAGGUGUUCGGGCCAUCUCCAAAGACACGCACGGCAUCGGGGACACUGCUGGCGAUCUCUGCAGCCGGAAAUAUCAUGUCAGCCACGUAUUCCGCAGUAAGAGUCAAACAGGAGAUAGCUCGUCUUGGCAUCCUUCCUUUCCCUGCAUAUUUUGCGAAGUCCACCAGAUAUGAUACGCCAGGGCCAGCGUUAUUACUUCACUUCAUUUUUUCCACCGUUUUUAUCAUCGCAACACCACUCUCGAAUGCCAACGGUUAUCUCGUCUUCAGCACCAUCUUCUACUAUGAUAGAACGGUCGUUGCAAUGGUCCUUGGAAUUGCACUGCUGGCUGCACCCCAUUUGAAGACCUUCGAAUACGAGGGCCAAAAGUGGUCGCCCAAGGGCAGCAGCUUAGGACUAUGGUACUUAUUCCCUCUCACAGGGAUAUACAUAGUCGCCAAUCUGUUCGUCUUCGUGGUGGAUUGGUUCCCCGCAAGCCUACAGAACACAUUACACACCAAAGAACGGGUCGUAGCUUCAUGGGUUGGUCCGACAGUUGGGACUGCUUGCUUCGCAGCAGGUGCAGCGUACUGGCUCUGGGAUCGACACAUUCUUCACUUCCUUGGAUACGACUCGGAGCCUCUUCAGGAGCGCACGGAAGGUUUGACCGUGCACAUUACCUUUGAGCGUCGAUUGAGUGGCUUUGCGGCCUGUAUAGUUAAGGGUGCCAUGCUCUAUCUAGACAAGUUGAAGGAAUUCUGGGAUCUUGUAAUUUGUCGCCGACACCGCGAUCAGGAUGAAAUGUAA